AUGACUGAAGAAAAUAUGCGUGAAGAAGCAGGGACUUCACAUGACCCCCAGGCGGAGAUAGUCCGCUUAAAUGAGAGAGUAGAGCAACUCGAGAGGGAGUUCCAGGAACGAGACCGAACGGAACGGCCAAAAACUCAAGAAGACCUGCCGCAGGGUGAUCAGGUGAAUCUCGAACGUGAAGAUGGACGUUCGGAAGAAGCGGUCGAAGGUGAGAGCGAGUCCGACAGUGAUGCCGAGCUUGUUGACCUUAUGGGGAAGAAUAAGAAGGUGAAAAAGGAGUGGGCUCAGAAAUUGACUAAGUUAGAGCGACAGUGUGACUACUUGAUGGGUUCCACUCAAGCGGGAGUUAAGGGGAAAGCUUUGUUGACUGAUAGCUUGUUUUCUACCGUUGUGUCCCCCUUUACUGACCUUAUAAUGUCAUGCCAACUCUCAAGUAAGUUCAAAAUGCCCGAAAUACCCGUGUAUACAAGAUUGGGGGACCCUAUUGAACAUUUGGCAAGUUUUCGUGCGCACGUGGUGCUGCACGCUACUCCGGACGAGGUUGCGUGCCGAGCUUUUCCCCUUACUUUGGCAGGGGGAGCUCGGGAAUGGUUCAGGACUUUGCCGCCUCGUUCGAUUUUGAGUUUUGAAAGCCUCGCCCGGAAGUUCGCGUCUCAGUUUAUGGCCGGCGUUGUCCGGAAGAAGCCUGCUCAGCAGUUAAUGACCAUUAAACAAGGCCCUCAGGAGUCAUUGAGAAGUUACCUGCUCCGCUUCAACCAAGAGAGAUUGGCCGCGGAGACUCAGAAUGAGCAAUUCAUCCACUGUGCUAUUUAUCAAGGAAUCAGGAAGGAUGGUGCCCUCAUGGCUGACCUGGCAAGGAGAUCGGCGGAAAGGUUGCAGGAAUUUUACGAUCGAGCAGAAGAGUUCGUGAACCAGGAAGAAACCCUCCAGGCGUUCCGAGAGACGGAGGAAACUGAUAAAGGGAGUCGCGGGGAUGGAGGAAGAUCGAAACAAGGGGUCGCCCCAUCAAGGAAAGAGUUUGCUCAGCGUAAACCCGUCAAGAGGGUUGAAAAUUACAGUUGGACGCCUGUUAAUGCUCCAGCUAAAAAAAUUCUUAUGGAGAUUAGAAAAGACCCGAAUUACAAGGAUCCGUCUCCGAUAAAGGGCCGGCCGCAUCCGCGCAAUCGCCAUAAAUAUUGUCAUUACCACAACUCGUUCGGCCACUGGACCAACACAUGCAUUGCUCUGAAGGAGAUAAUUGAGAAGUACAUAGUUGAUGGUAAGCUGACACGCUUUCUGGGAAAGCGCGAAGAUUUGACAGUGAAACUCCCGCAGGAUAGAUCAAUAGGAGGCCAAGGUUCGACCGGACGGGAUGCACGUCCGGGGCGACCCCCGUACCGCCAGGAGAGAAGGCCGGUUCGACAACCUGACAGAGAUUUCUGGGCGGAGAGGGCGCCUCAACGAGAGCGGAGUAGGAGUCGCGGCCGGCAGGAUGGGUCGGGCGAUUUCCCAGAAAUUCAGACUAUAUCUGGAGGUUUCGGAGGAGGGGGCGAAACUUAUUCGGCCCGAAAAUCUUAUGCUCGAGAGAUGAGGGAGGUGUUUAUUUAUUCAGUCGUAAGGCCGCUGAAGACUACGAAGCGAGAAAAGCUAACUAUCACCUUCUCGGAUGAAGACUAUGAAGGGGUUUACCUUCCCCACUCUGAUGCCUUAGUGGUGACCAUGGUGAUAGCAAAUCAUAAAAUACAUCGGGUCUUGGUGGAUAACGGCAGUUCUGUCGACAUUCUAUACAAGUCAGCCUUCGAUCUGAUGAAAAUAAGCAAGGAUAAGGUUUCCGCCUUCUGCUUCCCUUUGGUAGGAUUUACCGGAGAGCAGGUGAUGCCUUUGGGAUCGAUUGAGCUGCAAGUUACCGUGGGGAGCCCCCCAACGCAGAAGACAAUUCCGGUGAAGUUCCUUAUAGUUGAUCAACCAUCGGCUUACAAUGCUAUUUUUGGAAGGACAGCGCAAGCCGAUUUAAAGGCGGUAACGUCAAUACCCCAUCUUUGCAUGAAGUUUCCGACGGAUGAUGGAGUGGGGGUAGUCCGAGGGGAGCAGAAAGCAGCUCGUAAAUGUUAUAAUAUCUCCUUAGGAAACCCCUCCAAUGGAGCGUGCCCCGACGUAGGGGUGGGCCCUUCUAACAAGUAG